AGUCUUUGCCCCUUCCUCGAGUCGACCCCAAUAUUAUUGCACCAUUCAUUCAACAGCGCAGUGUGGGAGACUCUGCAAAGCCCUUUCUCUCAUCAGUGGAUGGCAAUGAAGUUUCAGAUCCCUCUCAAUAUUUCAAUGGAAAAGGUUCAUUCUUCAAACCCUAAAUUCUUAUAAGCUUUCUAUAUUUUCUGCUCCACAUAUUUGUAUCGCCAAUAAUCUAGCAGAUCACUCCAUUAUUAUCAUUAAUAUUUGCAAUGAAGUCCUUUUUUUAGUUCAGAACCUUUCAGAUUUCACACAAAUACGACUCUCAAUUCGAAAUCAAUCCACAUAAGUUCCUAAUUUUGUUCAGAUUCACUGGAUUUACCAGUCAAUUUGGGGGAAAAACAUAAUCGUCAAAACAAAACCAUGGCUUCAAUUCGAUUCGAUUCAUCGAAGCAGUAUUAUGCCACUAGCAGUCUUGUUGUCGGCUAUGCACUAUGUUCGAGCUUGCUUGCAGUCAUUAACAAAUUCGCCAUUACCAAAUUCAACUACCCAGGUCUUCUCACUGCGUUGCAGUACCUAACUUCAGCUCUAGGGGUAUGGGUUUUGGGCAAAUUAGGGUUUCUACACCACGACCCAUUCACAUUUCAAACAGCCAAGAAAUUCAUGCCUGCGGCAAUUGUUUUCUUCCUCGCCAUUUUCACAAACACCAACUUGCUGCGUCAUGCCAAUGUUGAUACCUUUAUAGUUUUUCGAUCCCUGACACCCCUAUUGGUUGCAAUAGCUGAUACCACGUUUCGAAAACAGCCAUGCCCAUCAAAGCUAACUUUUUUAUCUCUGGUGAUUAUUUUGGGUGGUGCUGUUGGGUAUGUGGCCACGGAUUCGGGUUUUACCCUCACUGCAUACUCAUGGGCAUUUGCUUAUUUGGUCACAAUUACGACAGAGAUGGUUUAUAUCAAACACAUGGUUAUGAGUCUGGGAUUGAACACAUGGGGUUUUGUGUUAUACAACAAUUUGUUAUCUUUGAUGAUCUCUCCGGUGUUUUGGAUUGUGACCGGAGAGUAUCUUGAUGUGUUCGCUGCUGUGGGAUCAAAUUCUGGGUAUUGGUUUGAGCUGGGUGCAUUUCUGGCAGUGUCUUUGUCUUGUGUGUUCGGGUUGCUCAUCAGUUUCUUUGGGUUUGCAGCCAGGAAGGCGAUCUCUGCUACUGCAUUUACAGUGACUGGUGUAGUUAACAAGUUUCUUACAGUUGCCAUCAAUGUGAUGAUUUGGGAUAAACAUGCUAGUCCAUUUGGCUUGCUUUGCCUCCUCUUAACCAUUGCGGGCGGUGUAUUUUAUCAGCAGUCAGUCACAGGGGUUGGCAGCGCUCCCCCUGCCGUGUCUAAACCAAUAGACAUUGAAAAUAAAGGUGAUAGUUAUGGUGAUGAUGAUCAGGAAAAGGGCGUAUCUGGUAAAAUUACUGGUGUAUGAGAUCUUUUUACUUGUUCUGGUCAUUGUGAAAAAGGCUAGUAUUUGAAGAUUUUAUGCCACUUUUAGUGACUUAGUUAUAUUUUCCUGUAGGAAAAGAGAAAAGUUAUAUUUUCCUGUAUCAGACAUGCACAAUAUAUUCUCUUGAGAUGAUUUGAAUGCACUCUUUGCAUGGACUCCUAUACAACUUGUCGAUUCUUGAGGCAGUGGCUACAUCUUUUGUUUUGUGCA